AUGGGUUUAGUUGAUAGAUAUUCUAUGUUGAUUAUUGCACAAUAUUUUCCAACGAUAAAUGAUCUUUUUCAUGUAAUGUUAGUCAAUAAAAAGUUCAUUAAUUUAAAUGAAUUAUUUCAUUAUAAUCCAUAUGAUAUUUCAAUUAAUCAAUUAAAGUAUUUCCCUUAUUUACAUACACUUCACUUUUAUAAAUCAAUUACAAUUCAUGAAGUUCCAAAGGUAUUUAAAAUCGUUAUUCAUUUUGAUAUUUCCUAUUUUCAAUUACUUAAUUAUCAAAAAAAGUUUCAAAGAAAAGUUGAAGGAAAAAGAGUCAUAUUAACAGAGAUAGAGCGAAAUGAUUUAAAUAUUUAUAGUUUGGAUGAAGUACCUUCAGAAGUAACAAUUCUUGGUCAGUCAUGUUUUGCUCUUUUAGAUAUAGAAAGUCUUAAUUUUUCACCUCAAAUUCAUGAAAUACAUGAAAAUUGUUUUAAUGGAAUAGAUAAAUGUUCAUCGCUUGUAAUUCCUACAACUCUUACAUUUAUUGAUCAGUUUAGUUUUUCAAAUAGUUCUUUAAAAAGUAUAACUAUUCAUGAUGGAAUUCUUCUUAGAAUGAAAGCAUUUGAUUAUUGUGGAGAUGUCACAGAAAUUCAUUUAACCUCAGGAAAGAAAUUUCAUGGAUUUGUAGAUACUUCUCUACAAGAAUUAUUUAAAGAAAAGAAAAUUGAAACACCAAAUGUAUAUUUUGAUACGUUUUCUAUCGCUUUUCUUGAAGAUGCAUCAGUCAUACCGAAAGAAUAUAAAUAUAUUACUGAUUAUUGUUUUAAUGAAGAAAUAAUUAAUACAAUUCAUCUCUCAGAAGGUAUUAUUCAUCUUGGAAUUAGAACAUUCAAAAAUUGUUAUUCAUUAACAAAUAUUUAUCUUCCAAAUUCGUUAACAUCAAUUGGAAAAGGAUGUUUUAGUGGAUGUAGUUCACUCAGUCAAAUAACAAUUCCAUCCAACAUUACAUCUAUUCCACAAAAAUGUUUUAAGAAUUGUAGAAACCUUUCUUCAAUCAGUUUUAAUGGGAAAAUUACAGAAUUUGGAUUUGAAUGGAAUAAAAACACACAAGUUUUAUGUUCUGUAGAACAAGAAAAGAAGAAAGAAGAUGGUUCAUUUAAUUAUAAUAAGAAUAAAUUACUUCAAAUAUAUUUUGAAUGUCAUUCUAAUUGA